AUGGACCCAAACACAAAGUAUCUUACCUUCUUGCCGCAUUCAGGGUUUCAUAACCAAAGGACAGAACUCGAAAAUGCAUUAUUAUUGGCAAGGCUUUUGAACAGGACACUGAUCUUACCCAAAGUUUACCUAGGCCCUCCAAUGCCAUGGUUGACAUUCCGACAAUUGCAUGCACGGUUGCUUUAUCAGACCAAGAUUGGGCUAGAGCAUUGUCGUGCGAUCAUUGAGGGUCAAAAAGAAAAAGAACAUGAUGAGGCCCCACUACCUGCGGCAUGCUUGCAAUACGAGUCAUGGACCAUGACAGAUUGGGAUUUAUUCUUUGAUCUAAAUCCGCUUCGCCGUUAUGUCCGUAUUUUGACUCGUGACUCUAUGGCAAUGACCUACCUCGCAGCUCGAUUCAAUCUCACAAUACCCACGGAGGAAGUAACGAACAUGCCCAAUCUCUAUGACUAUCGGUUUACAGAAAAUCCAAUGGCAAAUGAAUCCAUUAGAACGAGACCCAAGUUCAGACAGGAGUUCACGAUCGAGUGGCUGAAGGGUCGACCGGAACGGUUGAUUCACCUGGGCUCAAUCUUCGGUACAGGGCGUAUUAGUAUCGAUUCUUUGGAGAGCAAAGCCUGGUUGUUGAUGAUUCGGGAUCAUUUGAUUCUCCAAACAGAUAUUUUACAAACCACCACAUCUUUUUUGGAUUCUAUGGAAGUUGGCUUUGUAGGGGUUCAUGUCCGAAUGUCUGAUGGUCAUUUUUCAUUGGCAGCGCGCGACACGAUUGAAAAUAUCCGCCAAGAGCUUAUAUUAACGAUUGAACAAUGUCGAGCUUUGGCCCUCAACCACCACCGGAAAUUACAAAAUCAGCUCAGGCAACAGCAGCAGUGGCAGCAACAGCAACCUGCUCAACCCCCUCCAUAUCCGAUCCAUUACCACGAACAACAACAGGACCAACGUGCUUUUACUCCAUCGGAAGCAACCCCCUCUGACAAAAACUUGCUCUCUAACUCCCCUUCGGUCAGGAAACUACGUCGUUCCAAUGGUCGGUUCACGCCCAUCUACCUGGCGACGGAUGCUCACCAGCCACGAGCAAACCCAAUUUUCAACAGGCUAUUCAGGACAUUCGAUUGUGUCUUUUCACUAGAUGACUUCUCAGAGGAUCUGGAGGUCUUGCACCAGUUCCGGAAUCCUGAAGAUGGGACAUUGAUGGCCAAUUUUUUGAUUCCGAUGGUAGAUGCAAUGGUGGUGGCGAAAUCCGCUGCAUUCUUUGGGACUCCCGCAAGCACGUUCUCCAAUUAUAUCCAGAGACAGCUUCGACCAGCGUACACAGGUUUAUAUGAUUGAAAAAGGGC